AUGGCAGCUCUAACCAGCUCAGUCGUCAUCUCGAAAGGCCCUGCAUUCCCACUAUCGUCUGGUUUGUUCUUCAAGUCUGCAGAUCAAUCAGUACCCACCAGCUUGGUGUUCAAUUCCAAGGGCAUCAGAAAAUCGUCUGCAAAGAAUAGGGCACUCGUUGUUAAAGCAAGCUACAGUGAUGGCGGAAGACCAAGCAGUGCAAGUUUCAUUGUUGGUGGCUUUGUUUUAGGGGGAUUAAUUGUGGCCGCACUUGGUUACGUUUAUGUCCCUCAGAUCAGCAAGGCUUUAGCUGGAGCAGAUAAGAAGGAGAUCAUGAAAAAACUGCCAAAAUUUAUCUACGAUGAAGAAAAGGUUUUGGAGAAACAACGCAAGAAACUUGCAGAGAAGAUUGAAGAGCUCAACUCAGCUAUUGAUAACAUCUCCAUCAGUUAA